ACUGCAUUUUAUAGAAUCUUUGAACUGUACCUCAUGAGCUAAGAUUUUCCGCCGUUGGCUAUAGAGUUGUGAUUCGUUGUUAUUAAAAUCUUACUAGGUCUCAAAGCUUGGGAAAUAUUUGGUGCAACUAAGUGCUGGACGUUUUCUUACUAACGUUGCAUUGAUAGCGGAAAAAAAUAAGCGGACAUAGCACUGUAAUACAUUGUCUGUUUACUUAGAGGAAGAUGGCGUCAGACGAGGAGGGUACGGUGGCAACCGAUGCUGCAGCACGUGGAACACGGGCAUCAAAAACACCAUCUUCAAAAAAGAGUCGUACUAAGAAGAUGAAGUCUAGUUCUGGGUCUAGGUCAACCCGAUCCAGAAAGGCAGCUGUCCAUGCAGAUUCUGAUGAUGAUGCCGUGGAGGAGACAGAGGAGAAAAUUGGAGAUGAGGAUGAAAUUGCUCCUGCCAUUGUGACAGAAGUGCCAGAAGCUGUUGUUGAAGAAAGCAUUGUAGAAGAAAAUGGAGUUGUCUUCAAUGAUGCUGAUGGCAACUGUAUUGUUGAAGAAAUAUGCACAGAAGUGCAAGAACCUGAUGAUGAGUGUUCCCAACAUGAAAUUUUUCCCUCUUCAGGAAAGAAUGCUACUGAAGAGGCUGUUGUUCCAAAGACGGAUGCUCCAGAACCUGUAAAGUCAGAUGGUCCAGAACCUGCAAAGGGAGAUGCUCCAGAACCUGCAAAGGUGGAAGUGCCUAAAGUUGCAAAGGCAGAAGAUCCAGAACCUGCAAAGACAGAAGCUCCAGUGCCUUUGGAGGCAGAUACUCUAGAGUCUGCAAAGGACGACACUCCAAAACCUUCAAAGUCGGAAUUUUCAAAACAUGGGAAGGCAGAUGUUACAGAACCUGAGGAUAACUUCCAGCUAUCCUCAAAGAAGUCAUCUACUCGUUCCACUUCAGAUGUAAAGACUGAAAAGAAGUCAUCUAGUCGUUCCACUUCAGAUGUAAAGACCGAAAAGAAGUCAUCUACUCGUUCCAAUUCAGAUAUAAAAACUGAGAAAAAGUCAUCUACUCGUUCCACCACAGAGAUAAAGACUGAGAACUUGUCGAGUGAUGAAGAGAGCCAAGGUGCACUCGAUUCAAAAACCAAUACUGACUCAAAACCUGAUGUCGCUUCAGAUAGGCCUGCUCACAUAAAGUCUGAAGACGACAGCCCAUCAGAAUCAGAUUCAAAGGUAACUUCUGCAGAAAUUGCUAAUAAGAUUCAAAGUCUCAAGAAAGAGAGAGAGUCAACUAAAGAAACUUCUGACACUACUGCUGGUUUGCCAGUGGACAAGCAGCUGGAACCUGAUUCUAAAGAAGAAAAAGUAAAAGAAGAGAAGGAGAGUAAAUUCCCUGCUGAGCCUGACACUGAAAUGGUUUCCGAAGAUGAACUACCAAACGAGACUUCAAAAGAACCUUUAGAGACAGAAGCAGUCUCUGAUGAAGAGCUGCCAGAACCAACAGUCACCACAGACCUACCAGAGACUGAAGCUGUCUCAGAGGAUGAAUUUCCCCCAGAGAAAACAGAACGCAAAAGAAAAAUAGACACGAAUAAGAAAAGUGAUGGUUCAGUGGAAAAAAGAAAAAAACGUUCCUCGGAAUCCCAGAAGCGCAAAUUACUUGAUGGUGAUACAUAUGAUCCCAGUUCACCUACCUCUGAAAAUAGUUGUGAUGAGACUCCUGCUGCGAAGAGAGCUGCUUUGUCAUCAGGGUCGUCAUCUGUGCCAAAGGCUGCCACUAAAUCACGAAAAUCGCUGCCUGAAUUGGAAAAAUAUUGGAAGGCUGUUAAAGAAGAUCCUGCAGAUUUCACUGGAUGGACGUAUUUACUUCAGUAUGUGGAUCAGGAGAAUGACAUAGAAGCCGCUCGGGAAGCAUAUGAUGCUUUUCUCUCUCACUAUCCUUACUGCUACGGAUACUGGCGAAAAUAUGCUGACUAUGAAAAGAGAAAGGGAAAUAAAAGGAAAUGUGAGGAAGUAUUUGAACGUGGAUUGAAGGCAAUUCCUUUGAGUGUAGAUUUGUGGAUUCAUUACCUAAACUACUGCAAGGCUACAUACCCAGAUGAUGAAACCCACUUACGAUGUCAGUUCGAAAAAGCUAUAAGUGCAUGUGGGAUGGAGUUUAGGUCUGAUCGUCUUUGGGAAAGUUAUAUCAAAUGGGAGUCUGAAGGCAAACGGCUGCAAAAUGUUACAGCAUUAUAUGAUAGAUUACUCUUGAUCCCAACACAAGGCUAUACAAAUCAUUUUGACAAUUUUCAGGAACACAUCUCGAGCAAUCCUCCUCAAAAGGUGUUGUCCGUAGACGAAUUUCUGACUCUACGACGUGAAGUUCUCCAAAUGCUGAAGCAGUUUGAUCAGCCUUUAGCCAGUGACGACACUGUUCCAGGUGAAGAGACUGAAGCACCACCGGGGGAAGAACCAGAAGAGCAACCAACCACGAAAUCUGAUGAAGAGACUACGGCAUUGAGAGAGAGAAUUGUUGCAAUACGGAAGAAAAUACACAAAAACACUGUCGCUGCUGUAGCAGAUCGAUGGAACUAUGAAGAAGGAAUAAAACGUCCGUACUUUCAUGUGAAACCAUUGGAAAGAUGCCAGCUGAAAAACUGGAAAGAGUACUUGGACUUUGAAAUAGAGCAAGGAGACAAGACUCGCAUCAUUGUGCUGUUUGAAAGGUGUCUCAUAGCGUGUGCAUUGUAUGAGGAAUUUUGGAUAAAAUUCAUCAGGUAUCUUGAAAGCCUGAAGGAAGAUAUGACAGAUAAAAUAAGAAAUGUGUAUGAGAGGGCAUGUACAAUACACCACACAAAGAAACCAAAUCUUCACCUUCACUGGGCUGUGUUUGAGGAGAGUCAAAAAAAUUAUGACCAGGCAGCAGAAAUAUUGACAAAUCUGGAGAAACUUGUGCCAAACAUGCUGCAAGUGGCUUACCGUCGCAUAAACUUGGAAAGGAGACGGAAUGACUUAAAUAAAGUUGCUGAACUGUACGAGCACUACAUAAACACAUCAAAAAGCAAAGUCAUUGCAAACAAUAUGGCAAUAAAGUAUGCAAGGUUUUCGUGGAAGAUAUUAGGGGACACAGACAGAGCCAUUUCGAUCCUGAAUAAGGCGGUUGAGAAAGAUAAGGAAAACCCUCGCCUUUACUUGCAGCUGAUUGACAUGGGGCUUCAGAAGAAUCCCUUGGAUGAAGAAGAGAUAAUUGCAAUUAUAGAUCAGUUUCUCAGUGGAGAUGCUGACCCUGAGCAGAAAGUUCUCUUUGCUCAGCGUAAAGUUGAAUUUCUUGAAGAUUUUGGAAAAGAUGUUGUGGGUGUUCAGAAAGCACAUGAUGAGUUCCAGAGGUACUUCAAGAUGGCAAAGGAUCGAAAGAAAAAAUCUGCUGAUGCAGAAGGCAAAAGUGACAGUGCAAAGAAGGCAAAGACCCAAACAGGGGAUGCAAUGGUGGCUUCACAGCAAGCUUCCCAGGCAGUCUCAGGUGCGGUGGCCACUACAGCAGGAACGACAGUAGCAGCUACGACUACAGGACAGUACGCACAGUCUAGUUACGCACAGAGUGGUGGCUAUUCCCAAACAACAGCAACAGGUGCCGCUGCAAGCAGCAGCUAUCAAGGGGGACAAUAUCCUGCCCAGCAGCCGCCCACACCCUAUAGCCAACCUCCAUACAAUCAGCAAUAUAGUCAGUCUGGUGACCCAAAUUAUGCAAACUAUCAGAACUGGGGAUACUCACAAACUGGGUAUGGAGGUUACAACCAGGGAUGGGGCAAUUACAAUUACUACUGAAGCUGUACUCGUAUCGUGCGUUUUUUCAGAGAGAGUACAGACUGUUUACAGUGUCAUUCUUCCUGUAAUAUAGUGAGCCAACAUUGUAAAAAAAAUCAGUUUGAGGUGUUGCAGAUUGACUGUUAUAAAUACUGCUUUAAUGACGUGUUCUUAUAUUUUCUUGACAGUUCAUAGUGUGGAAUUCAGACAAACAUUUCAUCAUCAUACCUGCAGUAAGUUCAGAUCUCUAUUUUAAAUUCCCUUUUCACAUCGACACACAUCCAUUAAAGAUGUCAUCAACAUGCACAGAUAUGAAUUUAAUAAAUUUUUUUAUUGAAUCUAAUCAUGCAUUUUCAAUUUAAAGUAAAUAAUAUUGUAUGUACAAAAUAAAAUUUAUUUCUAAUAUA